UUUGACCGGGAGCUGUGCGUCCGUCAGCUGAGGUACUCAGGGAUGAUGGAGACCAUUCGGAUCCGCCGGGCUGGCUACCCCAUCCGCUAUACAUUUGUGGAGUUUGUGGACCGAUACCGGGUGCUUAUGCCUGGGGUGAAGCCAGCAUACAAGCAGGGGGACCUGCGUGGGACAUGCCAGCGCAUUGCUGAAGCAGUGCUUGGAAAGGAUGAUGACUGGCAGAUUGGCAAGACAAAGAUAUUCCUGAAGGAUCACCAUGACAUGCUGCUGGAGAUUGAGAGGGACAAGGCCAUCACAGACAAAGUCAUCCUCAUCCAGAAGGUCGUGCGUGGGUUCAAGGACAGGUCCAAUUUCCUGAAAGUGAGAAAUUCAGUCCUGAUGAUUCAGAGAUACUGGCGUGGACAUAACUGCAGGAAGAACUACGGUGCUAUGCGUAUUGGCUUCCUGAGACUGCAGGCCCUCUACCGAUCCCGCAAACUCCACAAGCAGUACCACAUGGCCCGCCGGCGCAUCAUCGAGUUUCAGGCCCGCUGCAGGGGCUACCUGGUCCGUAGGGCUUUCCGUCACCGCCUCUGGGCCGUCCUCACCGUGCAGGCCUACGCGCGGGGCAUGAUAGCGCGGAGGCUGUACAGGCGCCUCCGAGGAGAGUAUCAUCGGCGCCUGGAAGCAGAGAAACUUCGGCUGGCGGAGGAGGAACGGCUCCGAAAGGAGAUGAGUGCCAAGAAAGCCAAAGAGGAAGCAGAAAAGAAACAUCAAGUACGCCUUGCCCAGCUGGCCCGCGAAGAUGCAGAGAGAGAAGUAAAGGAAAAGGAGGAAGCACGUCGGAAGAAAGAGCUUUUGGAAAAAAUGGAGAGAGCACGCAAUGAGCCAGUGAAUGACUCAGAAAUGGUGGACAAAAUGUUUGGAUUCCUAGGGACAACCUCCUCCCUGCCUGGUCAGGAGGGGCAGGCACCCAAUGGCUUCGAGGAUCUCGAGCGAGCUCAGAAGGAGCUGGAAGAAGAGGACCUUGAUGCUGCAUUGCCUCUCCCUGAGGAAGAGGAGGAAGAUCUCUCAGAGUACAAAUUUGCCAAGUUUGCCGCCACGUAUUUCCAGGGCACAACAACACACACCUACAUUCGCCGACCUCUCAAGCAGCCUCUCUUGUACCACGAAGAUGAAGGAGACCAGUUGGCAGCACUCGCUGUGUGGAUCACUAUCCUCCGUUUCAUGGGAGACCUCCCUGAGCCAAAAUAUCAUACAGCCAUGAGUGAUGGUGGUGAGAAGAUACCAGUGAUGACGAAAAUCUAUGAAACUCUUGGGAAGAAGACUUAUAAGAAAGAACUGCAGGCUCUGCAGGGAGAAGGAGAGAGUACUCACAUUGACGGGCACAAGAAGAACAGUGUGCGGCACAAACUGGUCUCCUUAACACUCAAGAAGAAAUCCAAACUGACGGAGGAGGUGACAAAAAGACUUCAUGACGGGGAGUCAACACUCCAAGGUAAUAGCAUGCUUGAAGACCGGCCCACCUCCAACCUGGAGAAGCUCCAUUUCAUUAUUGGUAAUGGCAUCCUCAGGCCAGCAUUAAGGGAUGAAAUUUAUUGUCAAAUCUGCAAGCAGCUGACUCAGAAUCCAUCCAAAAGCAGCCACGCCAGGGGCUGGAUCCUGAUGUCCCUCUGUGUAGGGUGUUUUGCUCCUUCUGAGAAGUUUGUAAAGUACUUAAGGAACUUUAUCAAUGGAGGCCCUCCUGGUUAUGCUCCCUACUGUGAAGAGAGGCUGCGGCGGACGUUUGCCAAUGGGACAAGGACACAGCCACCAAGCUGGCUGGAACUGCAGGCAACCAAGUCCAAGAAACCAAUCAUGCUGCCUGUCACAUUUAUGGAUGGGACAACAAAAACACUGCUGACAGAUUCUGCAACCACUGCUAAAGAGCUCUGUAAUUCAUUGGCUGACAAAAUCAGCCUGAAGGACCGAUUUGGCUUUUCACUUUACAUCGCACUUUUUGACAAGGUUUCUUCCCUGGGGAGUGGCAAUGACCAUGUGAUGGAUGCUGUGUCCCAGUGUGAGCAGUAUGCCAAGGAGCAAGGAGCACAGGAGCGCAACGCACCAUGGCGGCUCUUCUUCAGGAAGGAGAUCUUCACUCCUUGGCACAACCCAAGUGAGGACAAUGUGGCCACCAAUCUCAUUUACCAACAGAUUGUCCGAGGGGUGAAGUUUGGGGAGUACCGGUGCGACAAGGAAGAAGACCUGGCAGAACUGGCUUCCCAGCAGUAUUAUGUGGACUAUGGGUCAGAAAUGGUACUGGAAAGGCUGCUAAAUCUAAUUCCAUCCUACAUCCCAGACAGAGAGAUCACUGCAUCAAAAACAGUGGAGAAAUGGGCUCAGCUCAUUAUAGCUGCACAUAAAAAGGGAAUUUAUACUCAGAAGAGAACAGAUCCCAGAAAAGUCAAGGAAGAGGUGGUGGAUUUUGCACGUUUCAAGUGGCCUUUGCUGUUUUCUCGGUUUUAUGAAGCCUUCAAAUUCUCAGGGCCAAGCCUACCUAAAAAUGAUGUGAUUGUGGCUGUCAAUUGGACAGGGGUGUACUUUGUGGAUGAACAGGAGCAGGUUCUCUUGGAGCUCUCUUUUCCAGAGAUCACAGCUGUGUCAAGCAGCAGAGGAGGAAAGCUGCAAGGGCAGAGUUUCACCUUGGCCACCAUUAAAGCAGAUGAAUACACUUUCACCUCCAACAAUGCAGAGGAUAUCCGGGACCUGGUAGUGACAUUCCUUGAGGGAUUAAGAAAAAGAUCCAAGUAUGUGGUCACUCUUCAAGACAACCCAAACCCUGUGGGAGAAGAAUCUGGGUUCCUCAGCUUCCUCAAAGGAGAUCUCAUAGUUCUUGAUCAAGACACAGGAGAACAUGUGAUGAAUUCAGGGUGGGCAAAUGGAUUCAAUGAACGAACCAAGCAGAAAGGGGAUUUCCCAACAGAUUCUGUCUACGUCUUGCCUACUGUCACCAUGCCUCCCCUGGAGAUUGUGGCACUGGUCACAAUGACCCCUGACCAACGACAAGAUGUUAUCAGAACCUCCCAGAUGGCAAUUUCAGACAGCGAAGAGAGAGUGAAGCCAUACACCUUGGAAGAAUUUUCCUAUGAUUAUUUUAGGCCUCCGCCUAAGCACACCCUGAGCAGAGUUAUGAUCACCAAGAGCCGUGGGAAGGACAAGCUGUGGUGUUACACCCGGGAGCCCAUCAAACAGCCCUUGUUGAAGAAGAUCCUGGGUAGUGAGGAGCUGUCCCAAGAAGCUUGCAUGGCCUUCAUUGCAGUGCUGAAGUAUAUGGGUGACUACCCAUCCAAAAGGACCCGCUCAGUCAAUGAGCUGACAGACCAAAUCUUUGAAGGUGCCUUGAAAGCCGAGCCUCUGAAGGAUGAAAUCUACUGCCAGACCCUGAAACAGCUCACUGACAACCACAUCAAGUACAGUGAGGAGAAAGGCUGGGAGCUGUUGUGGUUGUGCACAGGCCUUUUCCCUCCAAGUAACAUCCUCCUGCCCCAUGUCCAGAGGUUUCUUCAGUCCCGGAAACAUCAUCCAUUGGCAUCAGACUGCAUCCAGAGACUCCAGAAAGCCCUAAGGAAUGGGUCCAGAAAGUAUCCUCCCCAUCUUGUAGAAGUGGAAGCCAUUCAACACAAAACCACCCAAAUUUUUCACAAGGUUUACUUUCCUGAUGAUACUGAUGAGGCAUUUGAGGUGGAGUCUAGCACAAAAGCAAAGGAUUUCUGCCAGAACAUCUCUAACAGAUUGCUCCUAAAGUCCUCUGAAGGCUUCAGCCUCUUUGUCAAGAUCUCUGACAAGGUCAUAAGUGUGCCCGAGGGAGAUUUCUUCUUUGACUUUGUGAGACAUCUGACGGACUGGAUAAAGAAAGCAAGACCAGCAAAAGAUGGUAUAGUGCCUUCCCUCACCUACCAAGUGUUCUUCAUGAAAAAGCUGUGGACCAACACAACGCCUGGAAAGGAUUCAAUGGCAGAUUCAAUCUUCCACUAUUAUCAGGAGUUACCAAAGUAUCUACGUGGUUACCACAAGUGUACACGGGAAGAAGUCCUGCAGCUGGCAGCUCUCAUCUAUCGAGUAAAAUUUGAGGAUGACAAGUCCUAUUUCCCCAGCAUCCCUAAGCUCCUGAAGGAGCUGGUGCCUCAGGACCUUGUCCGCCAGCUCUCUCCAGAUGACUGGAAACGGUCCAUUGUGGCAUACUACAAUAAGCAUGCAGGCAAAACAAGAGAAGAAGCCAAGCUUGCCUUCCUAAAGAUUAUCUUCAAGUGGCCUACAUUUGGAUCAGCAUUUUUUGAAGUGAAGCAAACUACAGAGCCAAAUUAUCCAGAAAUCCUUCUAAUUGCCAUCAAUAAACAUGGAGUCAGUCUCAUCGAUCCCAAAACCAAGGAUAUUCUCAUCACUCAUCCCUUCACCAAGAUCUCCAACUGGAGCAGUGGCAACACGUACUUCCAUAUAACAAUCGGCAACCUUGUGAGGGGAAGCAAGCUGCUCUGUGAGACAUCCCUGGGCUACAAGAUGGAUGAUCUUCUGACCUCGUACAUCAGCCAGAUGCUAACAGCCAUGAGCAAACAGAGGAGUGCAAAGGGUAGCAAGUGAACUGCAAGAAGCCACUGGCAUGUGGUCAUGGGGCUAAUUCACCAGCUGAGGGCUGUGGGAUACCCAUGCAGCUGGGGGAGAACCUUUGCCUCCCAGAUGUGGAAGAUGAGCCGAACACCAUCAGGGAGCUCGCUGGACUCUGACCUUGAGGGCUCCAAUCCCACCACCCCUUCCAGUGAAGAUGACUAUCUCUGACUUCCCAUCCUUCCUCUCCAUCCCGACUACACCUGGACCUCAAAGAAUUCCAGAGGACAACACUGCUCACAAACAAUGACUUGAGCAAAAAGACUCUGGCAGGAGGUUUGCCUGAACCCAAUGGCUGGCAUCACAAAGGCUCUGGGAAGAGGAUUUGUGUGUGUGUGUGUGGCUUGGUUUGGUUUGGUUUGUGUUGUGUUUGUUUUUUUUAAGUGACGAGACAACAAUUGGGAUGCUAAUGCCUUUUGGUGAGCUUAUGGACAUUUUAGAUUUGAAAACAAGUAGCAAAGACCCAAUCCAUCCUGGAGAAGUGUCCAAUGAACACUGCAGGGCUUGUUUUUUGAUAUUAAAAAAGAAUAUGCUGUGUUCUCAAGGACAGAAAGAGAAAGCAGGCUGGGAGGAGCACAUUUUAACUAGGAAUCAGAAUAAACAAACCACUGAUUGAACAUGUUAGAAUAUUAAAGUGCUGUCUGUGCAAUGCUGGAAAUAUUUAACGAACAAAUUUUAAAGUUUUGUUUCUUCUUCUAUUUAUUUUUUAAAAUAUUAAAAAGAAAGAAAUGUUGCAUUUUGUGCCGAUAUCUGGACAAUGCCUUGGGGCUGAGGGCAACCUGCAGGACAAUCCCUCAUCCAAGAAUUCCCCUGGAAACAUGACUGCCAGCAUCUAAGGCACAUCUGUCCCAGUUAAGAGCUCUGCUGGAAGUGAAGCAUGGAAGAUGAGUUACCUCCUUUUGCCUCAUGUUCAGACAAAUUAACCUUGGGAGGAUCUUUUCCACAAGCUUCAAUAUGGAUGUGGGGGCUUUAGAGUUCUUACUCUAGGAAGACUAUGGCCAAGCUCAUGUGCAGAAAUGAUUCUGACCUUAACAGGGACUUGGACAUCAACACUGGAAACAGCUAAUGAUUAACUAAUGAUUUUAUUGUGCUUUUGUGUGUGUCACUGUAUAAAAUGGCUCUCUACCAAGCCCAGCUGGAGCCUGAACCACUCACAGGCAGGGCAGGCCCUUGGUCUCAGUGGGCUUUUCUCUGUCUUUGGUUGACCAUACUCGUCUGCUGGGUGCUUGUCUCAUCUUCCACCCAGCAUGCAGUGUGGAGCAGCUGGACCGGAGAUGGGACCUGCC